CCCCGCCGGUCGCGAUGCCCCUCAGCCCACACACAGCGGUAGCCCCACAGACGCCCAGCGCUGAACAAUCGCUCUCAGAAAUCAACGUGUGUUCAAACUCAUCCACCUACGACAGUUCGGAAGACACGGCCAUGGGCGCGCUCAGCGAAAACGAAUACAUCACUGUCGCGAGCAAUUCCCAUGAACUCGUUGAGGUGGAGCAAGUUCCGCAUGAUGACAUCCUCGAUCCUUCGGUCCUCAGCCAGAUUCCUGAUGAGGCUUUCACGGAGUUUUUUAAUCAAGCGGAAGGUGGUCCAGCGUUCGCGGGUUCGGAACUAGCGGCGGCGCUAGAAGCGGUGCUCGACGAACGUGUGCUCGACGAGCGAGUGCUCGACGAACGCGCGCUCGACAUGACCGACUCUGUGUUCGUGCACGCGCCGCACGCCGUGGCCAAGAACAAGAUACAAGUUCCAGCGUCUGUGGCCAUGGAGAUGUCGACAAGCGCGCCCUCAUAACAUAAUAACUUUACACUUGUUAUG